AUGUCUAGACGUGCUGGCACGCCAUCACGGCGAGGUGGGAAACGAAUGGAUAACAAAGAAAAUGUAGAAGUAGUGUGCCGUCUAUGUCCUUAUAAGGGCAACGAUCCCUGCGUGAUACCAAUCGACGAUGAGCAUGUUCGAUUUGUACAACCUUCUACUAUGCAAUCCAGAAACGGUAUACCGUUGGAAGCUACUUACGAAUUUUCAUACGUCUUUGAUGAAAGUGAUAGUCAACGGGUCGUGUUUGAGCGUACUGCUCUGGAUUUGAUCGAAAAUCUAAUCCGUGGAAAGAAUUCAUUACUUUUUACGUAUGGAAUAACUGGAAGUGGUAAAACUUAUACUAUGACUGGAAACACUGAGGAAGAAUCGAUUGGGAUUCUCCCACGUACUCUUGAUGUCAUAUUCAAUUCGCUGAUCAACCGCGUGGAUAAAUGUGUUUUCAAACCAGAUGGACGUAAUGGUUUUAUUGUGCGUGACGAGUUUGAAUCGGCAAUUGCACGACGACGCUUGGAACUCGAGCAUUCCGAUAAUGGAGUCGAGUUAGCAAAUCGCUACAUUGAACGUCGAAGGGUUAGCGGUGCUAACCCCGAUUUGGCUUGUGCAGUAUUUGUUUCCUAUAUUGAAAUUUAUAAUGAAGUUUGUUAUGAUCUUCUUGAAGAACCACUCCUCAAAGCAGAUGGUACUAGGACGCUGUCUGGUAAGGAUAUUAGACUAGAUGCCAAUAAUAUGUUUUACGUGGGUAAUGCAAUUGAAGUUGAGGUGGAUUCAAGCGAUGAAGCAUUGGAACAAUUCUACCGCGGACAAGAAAGACGACGUGUCGGCGAUACGUUAUUGAACAAGCAGAGCAGUCGAUCGCACUCCAUAUUUAAUAUUCGUGUGGUAAUGGCGCCUUAUCUUUCGAAUACAUGUUAUCCGGAUGCUGAUCCUACAAAGAUACAUGUUAGUCAGUUGUCAUUAGUUGAUUUGGCUGGGUCAGAACGGACAAAAAGAACAGGUAACGAAGGAGCACGCCUUAUUGAAAGCAGCAAAAUAAAUCAAGGACUUUCAGUUCUUCGACAAUGUUUUGAAAAGUUGCGGGACAAUCAAUUACGUGACAAAGCAGCGGCAAUUUCAUAUAGAGAAUCGAAAAUAACACACCUAUUUAAAAACUCUUUCGAAGGAACUGGAAAAGUGCGUAUGAUUAUUUGUCUGAAUCCAAGACCGGAAGAUUUCAAUGAGAAUCAGGCAAGCAGCUUGCUACACUUUGACAUUGCUUUUACCUUAUCGCACUCUUUUCAGGGUGUAUUGAACUUUGCGCAGCUGUCGAAGGACAUUGCAGUUCCGGAAGGGAACGAAGUUAUGCCACCAUCUCAAUCUGGUUUCCCGAUCAGUCGUCGUGAUUUUCUGAAAUGGUUAAGCGGAUUAGGACCUGUGCAUAUCUCAAACAAAGAGGCACUAUCCUUUCCAUCGCCACCACCGUUCAAUAUUUCCGGUUCGGAAGAUGCACAAUCGAUAACACGGUUACGUGAUUAUUAUCAACAUAGUGCACAGCAUUAUAAUUCUUUGCAUGUAAUAUUUGAACGUAAAACGACUGAAAUGGAACAACAGUUACAACGAGCUUUGUGCACUGUCGACUUGCAAGAAGUGCGCAUUCAAGAACUUGAAGCGGAGAAAGAUGAAACGGAACGACUUUUAUCAUCAUUGACGUAUAAGCUGAAACAAAUGCAGCGUGAAAAUUUGACUUUGCGCCAACGUUUGGAGCGUUGUGAAUCGGAAGAGAACGACAAGUUAAAUCAGGAGGAGGAGCACAGACGACGUGAAAGACUAUAUCAAGAACAGCUUCGUAAAAAGGAAAAAACACUUCAUCAGGUACGUGAAAUAUGUGAAAGGCCGCUUGUUUCAUCAACUAAACGUUUUAAAAGCAUUGAAAACAUUCACAAUACAACCACAGCAGAUGAUGGCGAUACGAUUAAUAAUGACAAGACUAUACAGAAUGAAGAAUCAACACCUCAUCGUGUUGCGCUUGCAAGACAGAAGUGGGAAGCACGAACUGCUAAUGAUAAUGAUUUAACAAAAACUCGCACCGGCUAUUACAAUGCACGAUUUCACAGACGAUCCAAGAGUGCGAACUGUAGAAUGAUUGAUCAUCAGCCUCGAAAUCGCAUUCCGGAAGGCACGAUUUUCCAGCCACGAAUGCCAAAAUUUUCUAAAACUACGAAUAAAUUAAGUGCAGAAAAAUUGAAAAAAUGCUCUGAUUAUGUACUGACACAUCAGGAGGUUAAUCGAGAGGGUUAUCUCACUACACAGGUUGUUAAGGGUGAAUGUAUACCAACUGCUGGAGGAGGCACAGCAGUACGUUUCAAUGAUGUUGAAAGAUUGUCACACGAGUCACCAAAGGUUUAA